AUGAAGGACUUUCAACCAGUGAUUGAGUUAUUGAGAAUAAAACCAAGUGAUUCUAUACGGAAUGCAUUUCUUGCAGAUAAAAGCAUACAUUUGGAUGAGUUUAGCUACAUUUUAAGAGAGAAGUUAAAUAUUGAGGUUGAAAGUAAAAAUGUUGACAUUUUAUUCCAUCAGUUGGAUCCUUAUAGUAAAGGUUUCAUAACUUGUACUGCUCUUGAAAAUUACUUACAAUAUUAUGAGGAGCGCCGUAACCAAAAAAGUGAAGAAUUAUUUAAUCCCAUACCAAUGAUAUACUCCGGUGUCCGAAGCCAAGAUACUAUAUUUGAGUGGACUUUGUAUUCAGACACUGAAAAUUCAAGUGACGAAGUUAAUGAGCAUUAUGUAUCACUUAGUCGUGAUGGUUUGAUUGGUAUAUGGAGAAAAGAUCUAACAAAGCGUUUUGAAAAGUCUGUUGCCGUCUCCAAUGAUGCUUUUUUGCAUCUAAACUUAGGUAAUGUGACACCGAUGGCUACAGGUCUAGCUUGUAUUCCUCGCUACAAAAUGAUAGCUGUGUCGACAGCAUCUGGGGACAUACGCUUUUUCAGUUCAAGCAUUUAUAAGUUUGAGCAUAAGCUAUCUAUUCUCUGGUUAUCAUCCAUUGUUGUUAGCCUCUGUUGCCAUAAUUCCGAGGAGUUGUUUUGUGGAGAUUUUGCAGGAGAAGUGUUUGUAAUAACUAUGAGUGCAAUUUUCUUCCAAAAACUCAGAAGAAGAGCGGAACAUUCCGGACCACGAAAAAUUUCUAUUGAUAACAUAAAGAAGGAGCAAGUGCUAGGAUUGAAAAUUAAUUUCACAGAGAAAAACCAUUUCUCCCCUGUUGUAAAGGUGAAAUACCUUCCAAGUAUCCGUGCACUGGUUUCUUGUUCUGUAUUUCGAAGAAGGAGUAUGAUUAUACAUCAUCUUGGUGAAGGCAAAUCAUUGAGUUUCUCAACAGAGGGUGGUGUAACAUGUUUCGAUUUCUGUGAAAAAUUGAACUGGAUUGUGACUGGAACUGUUGAUCAUGUCAUUAAAAUAUGGAAUCCAGCAGUAAACAAAUCGUGUAACGAGACUCUGACCGGACAUGUUACAUCAAUAUCUCACGUUGCCAUUGAUAACACCCGUUUGAUUUUAGUCUCUAUUGAUAGAUUCAAAAAUAUGCGGGUAUGGGAUCUCAUGAGUCCAACUUGCUUGCAAAUAAUGAAGUUUAGAGAAAGUGACUUUCCCAGAAAACAAAAUCUGUCUUCCAUUUAUAUGGAUUCUGAGACUGGACGUUUGAUUUUGACCUCCAAUCGCGUAGGAGUAUUAAAAAUCUUUGAACGCACCAAUCGGACGAGUGCACAUCCCGAGAGUGAUCUCAUUCUUUUAGUUGCCUACAGCGCUCCAUUUGAGUGUCUUGUCACAGUUGGAAAUGAUUCAUCAGUUGCUGUAUGGAAAAUUGAAACCAAUGAGUUGAUUAACGAGUUCAAAAACUUGCAUGAAACCGAAAACAGGUAUGGUCUUAUUAAAGCAAUUAGAGUGACUUCAGCAACUCUGGAUCCUACAGGAAAAAGACUUAUUACAGCAGGACGAGAUGGAAGUAUUAAAGUGUGGAACUUUUAUUUGGGUAUAUGUCUUCGUUCAUUUCAUGCUAAGUUCAGGGUACUAUCCUUAACAACAGAAGGCUUUGAGAUAUUUGCUGGUGGUUCCCUUGGACAGAUUAUUAGUUUUUAUGAUGACGGUGACACCAUCUUGGAAGGAGCAGAAUGGAAGAGAGUUCAUAAGCAGUCUGUCAUCAGUAUGGCUUGCUGCUCCAAAAAUAUUCUUGCUACAGCAUCUUGUGAUGGUGAGAUAGUAGCAUGGUUGUGGAAAAAUGGCGAUGUGAAAUUACACAUGAUGGAUGAAGCUGACGCUUCAAACACUGGAGACGAAGUUGAUAGCACUUACCUGGCAAAAUCUGAAGUGAACAAACGGAAAAGAUGUGGUAUAAGUCAAAUUUUAUACUUGUCAACGCGACAAAUGGAACAUUCGGUUGGGAAUCUCGUAUCAUGCGGAGUGGACGGGAAAAUACGUUUUUGGAAUGUCAUAAGCACUAAUAAAGUGAACCAGUGGCGAUUACUGUCUAGAUUUAAAGCAGUUUUCAGGCCAUAUGAUGCUAUUCUCUGCAUCGAAACUGAUCAAAAGAACGAUGUGCUCUUUUCAGGUGACACUCAAGGAUAUUUGCGAACCUAUGAUUUGGAAGAUUAUUAUUCGUCAUUUGGUUCCGUGCCAGCAAACUCUCGUGAAUCAAAACAACACCAUAUGAGUUAUUAUCCUUUCUUACGUAUGCAGAAACUGAUAGAAAAGAACCACCGGGAAUAUUCAAAAUUCGAUGCUGAUGGUGGAGCUGAACUUGGCUAUGCGCCUAUUUUGCUGAACUGCUAUCGUGCUCAUGUGAGACCCAUUCUUAAAAUCAGCUACUGCAAUGAACAGUCCAUGGUUAUAACGGCAGGAAAAAAAGGAUCAGUUCGCUUAUGGACAUUGGCUGGUAAAUUUUUAAGGGAACUAGGCUUGUCUGAAGUAAUACAGAAACCAUUGAAACACUCAGCUAGGAAACAUCAUUUGCCAAAAGACAUUCAGGCGGUAGCGUCAGCUUUAACUCUCCAGGUACUAAACAGUGGAUGGAAACCGCAUUGGGAAAGAGGCAUACAAGCAAUACGGAGGUGUCGGUUAGUUUAUGAGCCUGAAGAACUGAAAGAAAUACCAUUAAAAUGGAUGGAGCGAAAAGAAAUGACGAAAAGAGAUGCAAAGCACAUCAAUGUAAGAUCAUAGAUUUUGAAUCAAGCUUAAUCUCCAGAUCAAACCUAGUUAAAAAAAGUCUUCAACACAAUUUAAUGAGUUACAAAUUACCAACGAAAUAAACA